AUGCAAUCUUCCCAGGCCCAAGAUGUGACUGAGGCCCGCGCCUCCGGUCCCGCAGACCGCUUCCGCGGCUGCCUGCUCGGCCUGGCCACGGGCGACGCCGUGGGCACCACGCUGGAGUUCAGGCCGCGCGGCACCUUCGCGCCCAUCACCGACAUGAACGGCGGGGGACCCUUCGAGCUGUCCGCAGGCCAGUGGACCGACGACACGUCGAUGGCGCUUUGCCUGGCCACCAGCCUGACCGCCCGAUGCAAAUUCGAUCCCGCGGACCAGAUGGCUCGGUACGUGCGCUGGCUCACCGAGGGUUACCUCAGUUCCACGGGAUCGUGCUUCGACAUCGGCGGCACGACGCGGGGAUCCCUGGCAAAGUACAUGAUCGACGGGACGGUGUUUGCGGGGCCCACGGGGCCGAGGACGGCGGGCAACGGGUCGCUCAUGCGCCUGGCGCCGGUGCCGAUGUUUUACCACCCGGAGCGGCAGGCGGCGGUGCACUACGCCGGGGAGAGCUCCAGGACGACCCACGGCGCGAAGGAGUGCGUGGACGCCUGCAGAAUGUACGCCGACAUGCUGGUCAGCGCGCUGUCGGGAAAGACCAAGGAAGAAAUGCUGUCCACGGCGGUGACCCCGGUGUCUUCGAAGUUGCAGUCCAUUUCCAACGGUUCAUACAAAAACAAACCCGCGUCAGAUAUAAAGGGCACAGGGUACGUCGUUGAGUGCCUUGAAGCUGCUCUCUGGUGCUUCUGGAGCACAAGCAGCUUCAGGGAAGCCAUCCUGGAGGCCGCCAACUUGGGAGACGAUGCUGACACCACGGCGGCAGUUUGCGGCCAAAUUGCGGGUGCCUACUACGGGGAGAGCAACAUUCCAUCCGCGUGGCUCAAAAAGCUGGCCAUGAGGGACGACAUUGCGAAGCUGGCGGACGACUUGAGAACCAAAACUCCAGAAGAUGCUCAGCUGGAGGGUCAGUGUGCCAAUGAGUGA